UUUUGCUUUUGGUAAAAGUGAGGCAUGCAAUCACACCUCACCCUCUGCCCUGCCUGGGAACAGCCGCCUUGGCAAGCUUUUAUCAGAAGAGGAAACGCUGGGUGCAGGGAGCGACACUGAGCACCAGGACUGCUGUUGAACCGGGGGGCACCCACCCUGGGGUGCUGGGGGACUGGGCAGCCAGGAAGGGCAGUGGAGCCCCAGAUCCGGCGUGGGACACCCCGGGGGUGGCUGAUGCUGGGGUGGCUGCUGGCGGCGCUGGCGGCGCUGGCGCGGGGCGGCACCGCUCCGGACUCCAGCUUGUCCUGCUGGAAACAAUGCAACUCCCGCCAGUUCCUCUGCUCUUGGCUGCCCCACAGCCCCGCCAGCAACACCACCUACCUCCUGACGCUCUGCUACUCGGUGCCCAGGCUGUGCCAGCGGUUCCAGGCAGGCACGGGGACGACGUACAUGCUGAAGCAUCGCCACGUUUACGUCCUCACCAAUGCCACUGUCUGGGUGGAGGCACGCUGGGGGGACCACAUCCACAGGACCCCCAACCUCACGCUGUAUCUCAACGAGGCCGUCAAGCUUGAUCGACCCGACAACAAGAUGCGCUUAAACAAGACUGGUGGCCAGCUGCGGCUGCAGGUGCCCCAGCCACUGUGUCACCGUGGGGGCCAGCCGCCGCAGUGGGAGGCUCGCUUCCAGAGGACAGGUGACCAUGGCUGGACGCAGGUGACAUGCGAGACGGUGAUGGACAACGACGUCUCAGUGACCUGCGCCCUGGGCAGGAACGGCACCUUCGAGGUCCAGCUCCGGCACAAGCUCCCCCACUGGAGCAGCUCCUGGAGUGACUGGAGCAGCUCCAUCUUCAUUCCUGAGGAAAUUCUGGCGAGCCCGGCGCUGAGCUACCAGCUGGGAAAACUGGGGAGAGAUGGGCAGCGGGUUCUGAGGCUGGGCUGGCAGCGAGCCCCUGAGGAGCAGGGGAACGUCACCUACACGCUGCGCACCCACCUGCUGGCGUGCCCCUGUGCUGAGCUGGCUGAGGUGGAGCUGGGGGGGGAGGUGACAGCGCACAACCUCACCCUCUCCGGGGCAGAGUACGAAAUCCUGCUGGUGGCGGCCAACGCUGCUGGGAAGGGGCCAGCACAGCAGCUCCAUGUGCCGGCAGAUCAGCACGCAGGUACCGGCCCCUCGGAGGACCAAGCUCCCCGGCAGCCUUGAGGGGGUUAUCUUCCCAGCCUUCCCUGCGCUGGCUUUGCCUACUGCUUCGAGCAGCAGCUGCUGCUGGGAGCCCUAAAUGAGGGCACUUGCAAGCAACACAAUUUCCCUGCCAAGAGCAUCCACAUGGAGAGAGGAACACUGGAAGCGCCGGUGUGUUACCGCCUCGCUGUGCAUGGCCAGGCCCCGGCAAGGGGUUGGUCAACCUUCGCCCUACAGCACCACUACGCUGGCAACGCCUCUCUGGCCGUGCCCAUCCGCAUCAAUGCCAGCGCCAAGGACGCCACCGCCGCCGUCCUCUGGUGGAGCCCGUCCCCCCGUGCCGCCUGUCCUGGGGUGCUGGCCAAGUACCUCAUCUGCCACAUGGCCGAGGGCGACAACAUGACCUAUGGCGAAGCGGAUGCAGCGGCAUCGCACUACACCCUCCAAAACCUACGGCCCGGCACAGCGUACAGGGUGGGCGUUUGGGAGGUGACGGCGGAGAGUGGGGGGACCUGCAGUGCUUGGUGGCGCUUCCAGACCAAGGCGCGGGGUCCCCAGGGAGCGGCGUGGAAAUCCAAGCUGAAGUACCUGGGCAUCUUGCUCAGCCUCCCCAUCGUGGCUGCCGUCUACCAGCUGAGCAAAAAGAGGGCUCGCCGUCUCCUCUUCCCACCCCUGCCCAAGCCCAUGGGCAGCAAAGCCAUCCAGUUUGCCGCUGGCGAAAUGAGCCAGGGCCAGCCCCGGCCAGGCUUUGUGGAACCCUCAGAAAAUUUCAGCUUGGCCGAGCUGCUGCUAAUGGAGCUGAAUCCUGGUAAGGAGACGACUGAUGCCAGCACACAGCCCAGCACGCUGCACCCCAGCCCUGUGGCCAAAGAAUCAGCGGAGGCGUGCCCGCCGGACUGCAAGAAGGAGCUGCCGUUCGCAUACCGGAGGCAGGAGGUGCUGAGCCCGGCUGGAUUUCCACUGCCUGGCAGCACCAGCCACUUGGAUGGCGAGGAGGAAGAGGAGGAGGAGGAGAGGCAGGGGCUGCACCAGCUGCUGGUCCCCUUUGCCCUGCUCAUCUCUGACAAACCCGUCAUCAUCAGGGACAAGGAAGGAUGGGACCCAUUGCCAGAGAAGUUGGUGCUGUAGCCAUCACCAGGCUGGGGUAGCAGGGACGGGCGACUGGAGGGAGACGAGGGGGGGGUCCCGUGGGGUGCUGAGCACCCACCUCAUGGGCUUGUGACCACACCAGCACUUUCAGGGGGGUUUCUUGGUUUCCAGGCCAUGGAAGGCAACACCACCAAAUGCAGCGUUGUAUGGGGCCAGGAUCUGGCCACGCACUUCCCAGCCUCCACCUUUCAUGGGCGAUAAGUAACGAGGGGAAGCAGUUGCAGAGUCCGGCAGGGGCUGAGGGUGUUUCCUUGGCCACAUCAGGAGGAGAGGCAGAGCUUCAUCCCGGCCAGC